AUGAUGCUCGGAAAGGACAAAGAUGUUGAUGAUCUCGAACUUGACAGAGUUCCCAGCAGUGGUCCUCGUGCUUUCAAGGCCAAGGGCCCCAACCAGAAGCGUCUGUCAGGCAGACGCGCGCACAACGGAUCAGUGACCUCGUUGCCAAUCCUCGAACCAUCCGAAGGUGAGAAGGAUGAAGAACACCAUCUGUUCAGUGGUGGUCUUGUCGGUCAAGUAACUGCAUGGCUUCGUGAGGAGAGAAAGAAACGUGAUGCACGCAAGACGCGCAAAUCUGCCAAUGCGCAACCUCAAGAAGAGGGCACUCCUCAUGAGAAUGUUCCCACCACUUCUCGCUCCCGUCGUCGUAGCUCUGGCGAGAGCGUCGAUCUCAGCAGGUUGGAGCAGAUCUUGAAGGAAAGCAUCCACUUCGAGAAACCUCGUAAACCAUCACUUGUGCAUCCGAGCAUCCGAAAGCGCCCAUCAGUCGCCCGCCUGCACAAGUCUUCGUCCAAUGCUGGUCAAUCCUCCGACACUGAGUACCAUGACGGCGAUGCUCUCGUCCCCUCUGCUGAGGCCUGGCUUGACAACACCAAGACACUAGCCAGUGCUGGAGGUGCUGCAGACCCGAACGAGUCGACAGAAAGUCUCGGCCUUGGUUCUCGUCAAGCUUGGUCAUCGUUCAAGUACGAGAUUGUCCGUCUUACCCACACGCUGCGUAUCAAGGGCUGGCGUCGUGUGCCCAUGGACAUGAGUAACGAGUGCACUGUUGAGAGACUCAGCGGCGCCCUCACCAAUGCCGUCUACGUUGUAUCACCGCCGAACGUAUUGCCUCCUCGUCCCACAAGCGCCGAUGGAAGCCAACCCUUGCAACGCCCUCCUCCCGCAAAACUGCUUCUCCGUAUCUAUGGUCCUCAAGUGGAGCACCUCAUCGAUCGCGAGUCUGAACUUCAGAUCCUUCGCCGUCUGGCUCGCAAGCGCAUAGGACCUCGUUUGCUGGGUACAUUCAGCAAUGGUCGAUUCGAAGAAUACUUCCACGCAAAAGCACUUGACCCCCAAGAUCUGCGCAACGCAGACACGUCCAAGCAGAUUGCCAAGCGAAUGCGCGAACUCCACGAAGGUAUCGAUUUGCUUGAGCGCGAGCGUGACGAGGGUGCAUUUGUUUGGCAAAACUGGGACAAGUGGUUCCAGCGUGUCGAAGAUGUGACCAUGUGGCUUGACAGCGAAGUUCUCAAGCAUCAGCAGAGCAAGAACCCUUCGAUGGAAGGAUGGCAGGCUCGUGGCUUUGUUUGCGGUACUGAAUGGGCCGUCUUCAAGAAGACGGUGCAAAGAUAUCGUGAGUGGCUGGAGGCACAGUACACUGAGCCCGGCCAGCUGCGCUCUCGUUACGUCUUUGCUCACAACGAUACCCAAUACGGCAACAUCCUCCGUCUUCUGCCUUCGGGCACAUCACCCCUUCUCUUGCCAGCCAACACGCACAAGCAACUGAUCGUCAUUGACUUCGAGUAUGCCAACGCAAACACGCCUGGCCUCGAGUUCGCCAACCACUUUACCGAAUGGUGCUACAACUACCACGACGAAAAGGUGCCCUGGCUCUGCAACACAUCCUUCUACCCCACUCCCGAAGAGCAAGAUCGCUUCGUUCGCGCCUACGUGCGUCACCGUCCUCAGUUCAAUGCCAUGACUCCCCAGUUGGGUCCUCAAGACGGCGCUGCUGCAGCAGGAAAGGAAAAGGAACAAGAGAAGCAGAAACGACCUGCUGGACCUACAAGCAGUAUCUCAAACUUCAUGCUAGAUGCCCGCGGACCUCCCGAGUCGGCCGCAACCACGGCAAAGCAAGAUGCAGAGUACCAAGCCAAUGAGGACGCCCAAGUGCGCUCUCUGCUGCGCGAAACACACAUGUGGCGACUCGCAAACACAGCUCAAUGGGUGGCUUGGGGUAUCGUACAAGCCAAAGUACCUGGUCUGCCCUCUGCUCCUUCUGCAGCUAUCCCGCUUUCCGAGACUCCGGAUGAGAUGACACCUACUGGAGACCAAGUCAUUUCUGAUCCUCUGGAUGCAGAGGUUAAACAGUUGCAAGAUGAUAUCAAGGAUAAGCGACCGGACCCGAAUGAGGAGGAUGACGAGCAAGCCGAGGAAGAAUUCGAUUACUUGGCUUAUGCUAGGGACAGAGCUAUGUUCUUCUGGGGUGAUGCGUUGAGUUUGGGUCUUGUGGAUGAGAAGGAGUUGCCUGAGGAUGUCAAGAGCUCGGUCAAGAGAGUUGAGAAUUGA